GAUGCUCAAAAAGCGUACUCUAGAUUAUGACCGAACGCUGGGACCGGUCAUUGCAAAGGUGCGCGACCUGGUCAGCAAUUCGGGAGCCGUGCUCGGCAAAGUCGCGGCGUCUGAGGCACAGGAGGUGCAAGUGGAUAAGAGAAGUCAAGCAACGAGCACCAGGGGCGGAGGUACGCACCAGCUGCAAGAACAGGCGACACUGCAUAAAGCGGACUGCUUUUGGGGUGUUUUUGGUGAAGAUGUUUCCUGUAUGUCCACGAGGGCAGGUAAGGAUCAAGACGAGCUUCGAACCCAAUGUCCGCCAGAACUGUGGAACCAGCUGCUGAGUGUAAAGCCUUUGGUUGCCGUAUCCAAGUCGUAAAAAGAUUUUUGUGUGUAUUUAAGGUGGAUAAGGCUUUAUCAGAUACAUCAGCAACAACUUAGCACGCUGGCUGGUACGUUUGCACUUUGACUUUCACAUCAUGCUCACGAACAAGGUAUGAAAGGGUCGAGCGCGCGCGUUGAUUUUCACAUGACGGCGUCAUGCUUGUUUAAGUUGCACCAGCACGUCAAGUGGAUUUUUGCAACAGCCGGGGAGGCCUUGCUAAUACACAUAAGCCAGCCUUCUGGUUUCCGUCACAUAGUAUAUUCAAAAUCUUUUCUACACGACACCUCAUUGGCAACUUUGGGACAGAAACGAUGCUACAGCUGCGCCACCAGGAUUCUGAUCGAGCGCGAAUGCAAAAACAAAAAGAAGCACACCAACAAACGAGCACUAUACUCACGGGGCAAAGUCACGCAAGUGUAGUAAGGGCUUCUGACGACGGGAAAGAAUUUUCGCCAUCUUACCUUCGGUUUCGAGAUUGUUUUGUCUCUUGCGCAUUAGAGUUGGACUUGGCGCAGCUAGCUGUGGACGGCACUGGCGCAGGAAGCUUCUUCGACGAGUACCUCACUGACGCCAUAGGGUCUGCUCAUUCAUCUCAGAACCUACCUGACAGCGCGGAGUACGAUAUUGAAAUGCGUUCGUCAUCGACGACCUUCCUGACAACACCACGACCGCCGUAUUUUAUGCGGCGUAAAAAGCCAGCUGCACCAGCACCAUCACCACCCUCAUAUGUUUAUAUUGUGUACAUCUACAUGUUUCAUGAACGACCCGAGGGUGCAUUUCAGGCCCCUUGGUCGCUGUCAGAGGACAGGUUGAUGGUGCAGGUGUCGAGCGAAAUACUCAAACAGGAUAUCUCUGGGCUCAGUCUUACUCGAUACCGUCCGACGAGAGUGCCUGCAACUGAGCACGUUCUACACAGUAUGAAGGUUGAUGAAGCAGGCACGAACUGAAGCAGCUGCUGGUCACUGGCCCGAGGAGUACUCUGCAAAACUCGUGAUUCGUUGUCGUUCACUACUACGUGGAAAUAGGUGACACAGGAAAAAUUUUUAAAUUUUGGUUGCAUUAUUUGACCAGUUCUGUGUCGCAGAUUUAGGUUUUAGGAUUUCGGAAACGGGUAACCACCGGAGUUUUUGCAGCGGAUGGGAGCAGGAGGAUGUAGACGGGCAAGACCAGCACUAUUUCGAGCCGAACCUGUCCGAUCAACGGGGCCUUCAACCUCUGGCUGACGGCGUUAUGGACUGGAUGUCGCGCUGCCACUUAUUGCUUCUUCUUUUUGUUUUUAGUAUGCUGAAGUAGCUAAACCUGCAGGCACAUUAGCUAGUUAAGUUGUAUACUAGUAGCUACUAAUUGGCCCGAAAUGUAAUUAAUUUUAGCACGGAACUAAGGGAGUUUUCUACAGUCCUUCACACGUGUCCGGGCACCAUCAGCGAACGGCUACCAUCGCGCAAUAUGGAGGGUAUACGGCCGAAAUCUGCCCUUGUUGCACCAGAUGGUGCAACAUGAGCACUCCGGUGCCCAUUACCGCUCCUAUUUGCCUCCGGAUCUGGCACCACCGCCGAGCUCCUCCCUUCCUGUCCAUGUAUCUGAACUGGCUCCCUUAGCUACAGGCUAAAUUAAUUACAUUUCGGGCCCUAAAGUACUGUAGUAUGUGCCUAUCUAGUUUAAGGUAGUGCAUUGCAAUAAUUGAAGUCAAUACGCAUGAAAAGUGCCUUCAGGUAAAACGUUUUUCGUAUAGCUAUUUCAAAUAGAAAUUCAGAAAAAUCCAGGUCACCACCGCAGAUCACCAGGCGAUCUGCGUUCUCACUUACCUGUACCUGUCGCCCGACCUCGAAAUAAUUGGUUCGCGCAGUAUUUGCGCACUCAGUUCCAUCGACAAACCGACGGCGCAGUGGCAGCACAAAAUAAUUGCUGCUCAAUGUUUACAAAAUUUAAAAAUUUUUCCUGUGUCACCUAUUUCCACGUAGUAUUCACUUGUCUCGUGUAUUCUUGCCGUAGUCAGCAUUGUAGUCAAGAAGAAGACUGCCCUCAAAAGCAGCUCUUUAUCUUUUUGAAAACCACCAGCAAGAAGCAGAGGCACAACUUGGAAAUUCCUAGUGGAAAACCUGCUGCCUCCAGGGGCUGUUUCAGAUUCAUACGUUGCGGGUGAGAUGGAGGCGCGCUCUUGGUCCUACCCGAAUACCUGGAAAGCAUGUGCAGCUUCCAGCGUAAUCCACCGAGACUUCCCACGACAAUUCAAUGCGGCAUUGGUGUGGAACUUCUCUGACGUGCUGCGAGCCGGGGGCAAAACGAUGGAGGGAAGGACGAAGGUCACGAAGGAGCACGUCUUGCCUAACAAUGCCAUAGUAGAAUUCCAAUUGAGCAAUCAAAACAAGCCCGCUAAUAAGCCCUCGUUCCAAUUUUCUUCACAGCAGGUAUCUAAGUAAAACGAAAGUCAAUAAAUCCGCAGCCUAGAGAAUACGCAUCAUCAACGUUUAUUUAUUCAGUAUACCAUACAUAAAACCAACCGCAUCAAACAACAUUCACCAGCACGGGAGGUCUACACAACGACAAGAAGCUAGAGAAAGCAAGCAUCUCAUGAUAAAGGUUCCUUUGUGUAAUGGAGGCGCCUGCUUUGCGGUUUGCUCCGUGCUACUUUUUGCAGCAGGAUUCUUCAUCAUCAUCUGAGGGUGCUCAAUGUUAUCCCAAUCCCGUGAUUCUCGAGGUGUAGUAAUGACGCGCU